AUGAUACUAGUAAAAGGCGAGGAUCUGCAUAAUGUGUGGGAAAAAGCCAAGAAAGCCAAUGUUAUGGCUCUUGUGGUGGUCGCUGAACAUUCAGGAGAAUUUGAAAAGAUUAUGCAGCUUUCAGAAAGGUAUAACGGAUUUGUCGUGCCAUGCUUGGGUGUUCAUCCAGUUCAAGGUCUUUCACCCGAAGACCAAAGAAGUGUCACAUUGAAGGAUUUGGAUGUAGCUUUGCCCAUAAUCGAGAAUUAUAAGGAUGGAUUGUUGGCCUUUGGAGAGGUGGGACUAGAUUUCUCCCCCAGAUUUGCCCGCACUGAUGAACAGAAGGAAGAGCAGAGACAAGUACUCAUCAGACAGGUCCAAUUAGCCAAAAGACUAAAUUUGCCUUUAAAUGUUCACUCACGCUCAGCUGGAAGACCCGCCAUCAGCCUCUUAAAUGAGCAAGGUGCUGACAAAGUGCUGCUACCUGCAUUUGACGGUCGGCCAUCUGCAGCCAUGGAAGGAAUAAAAGCUGGGUAUUUCUUCUCAAUUCCUCCUUCUAUUGUAAGGAGUGGACAGAAGCAGAAACUUGUGAAACAGUUGCCUUUAACCUCAAUUUGCUUGGAAACAGAUUCACCUGCCCUAGGACUAGAAAAACAGCAGAAUAUAUUGCCCAGGGGAAAGGAAUCUCAGUGGGAGAAGUUAUGGAAAUGA